CUAAACUUGCCAUUUGUUAUCCGACCAAUGAAAUUUCAUCCAACCUUUCAAGUUAACGCGCAUGUCAGGCCUUAAAGCUUCAGCAUCCAGCGACGGUCAACUUGUUACUCGGCUGAACAGACUUGGACCUGACUGCCUGAAUAGUCAGCACUAAACGUAUCUCCUUGCCACACCAUGUUCAACGUGAUGGCCCUCAGAGAGAGCGUCUGGGAAAUGUUGGACGCUAGUUUGAAGAAGAGAGACACUACCACUCAGUUCGACCGUGGAGACAUCUCUUUCAUAAUUAUCGCAGGUGCCAUGGUAUUCUUUAUGAUACCAGGGAUUGCCUUUCUAUAUUCCGGAUUGUCAAGACGAAAGUCCGCUUUGUCUCUUAUCUGGGCAGUCUCUGCCAGCAAUGCAGUCUGUAUUUUUCAGUGGUACUUCUGGGGUUACUCCUUGGCGUUUUCGCCAACUGCCACCAACGGAUUCAUAGGCAACCUUGCCAACUUUGGUCUCAUAAACGUUCUUGGCGACCCGUCACCAGGUUCCCCAUUAAUUCCUGACCUGUUGUACUCAUUCUAUCAGAUGGAAUUCGCAUGCGUCACAGUAGGAAUCCUGAUGGGCGGGAUCGCCGAGCGUGGACGGGUUCUCCCGGCUAUGAUUAUCACAUUUUUGUGGAUGACCUUGGUUUAUUGCCCCCUCGCUUGCUGGCCGUGGAAUAUAAACGGAUGGGCCUUCAAGUACGGCGUUUUCGAUUAUGCAGGUGGAGGCCCUGUGGAGAUAGGAAGCGGGAUAGGAGGACUUGCCUAUUCCUGGGUGCUUGGCCGCAGGCAGGAGAAGGAACUCCAAAACUUCAGACCGCACAAUGUUUCCAUGGUUAACCUGGGUACAUUCAUGCUCUGGUUUGGAUGGCUCGGUUUUAAUGGCGGUAGCGCUUUUGGAGCGAAUUUGCGCGCCAUCAUGGCGGUGUGGAACUCUAUGCUUGCUGCCGCAUUUGGCGGUAUUGUUUGGUGCCUCCUCGACUAUCGUUUGGAGCGCAAGUAUACUAUGGUCGGGUUUUGUUCUGGAACCAUUGCAGGUCUUGUAGCAGCCACGCCUGCUUCAGGAUACAUCCAUCCCUGGGCGGCAGUCAUUAUGGGCAUAGUCACCGGCGUUGUGUGUAAUUACGCAACUAAAGUUAAAUCUCUUAUUCAUGUGGAUGAUGCACUCGAUCUUUUUGCCGAGCACGCUGUCGGCGGGAUCUUGGGUCUCUUGGCGAACGCCUUUUUCGCUUCCCGUUCCAUUAUCGCCCUGGAUGGCGUCAACCUGAAUGUUACUGGUGGGUGGGUCGACCACAAUUGGAAACAACUUUACAUUCAAGUCGCCUAUAUUUGCGCGGUGUGUUCAUACACGUUCGUUGUUACUGCUCUCAUCGUCAAGUGCGUCGACUGCAUUCCUGGCCUCCACUUACGCACAACGGUUGAGGGUGAAAAACUCGGUCUUGACGAAGUCGAGAUCGGUGAAUAUGCGAACGACUACAUUGAAGUACGGCGUCACUUCAUGGACUGGACGACAUUUGGCAACGGUACAAGUGCACACCGAUCCAGCGUCGCUGGUGAUAAACACGACCAUCCAACCCUCGCACAACGGGAUCAACAACAAAACUUACACAUUGAAGAGUCAAAUCCCGAUACUAAUAGUGCUGACGAGAAGACCCUUGAUCUCCCCCAUGCCGACGCGGCCUCGGUCUCUUCUUAAUUGCAGAUCUAUUUCGGCAUCUUCUUUCGUCUGUUGUUUGGGUUGUUGUGUACACCAAUCUCCUUAUUCUGUUUUCUAUUCCUAUUUCCCUGCAUAAUUAUUGGAGGGGCACGUUGCUAACCUUCUGUACUUCACUUAGCUAUAGCGCAUCCCAGAAAGAGGGCGCAUCCACAAAAUGGUGCAUAUGGUUAUUUAAAUAUCUACUACUAGUAUCCCCCAAAAAGAGGGCGUAUCCACAAAAUGGUAUAUAGUAUAGUUACCUACACAUCUACUAGUGUCCUCACUACAUCAUAAUAUUUAUCGCUGCUGGCGCAGUCAAGAUUUGA